GGUAGUGUGUAAACCUCAUGGACAAGCCGCACCACUCACACCAGUCCAUCAUCAUGCAUGACCUAGCAGCCCAAGUCCAACUAUCUGUGGACAACUCAUCACUACCUGCUACUUCCUUCAUCUUGCUAACCUGUCAGCCAGAGGAGAUUCCAUGAUGGGUUCGUGCUGAGGGGAAGACGGGAGGGGGGGGUGUUUGUGGGACGUGGGAUGGGAUGAGCUGGUUGUCGAUAUAUGGCUCUGAUUGCUCAGAGGGCCGCAAAUAUGCCAGAUGCCAGACCCGGGCAGGGCAGUCAUGCAGAGAUUCCUAACUGACGACAGCAGUCAUGUGUGGAUAUCCUGGAUAUAUGUCUGCCAAAGGAAUGACAAGCCAUCGUUCGUCUGGGAUAUUUCUGUGUUGUGUUUGCUCUUCUGUUUUACAAUUUACCGAGAGGAAUAUAUUAUUAUAUUGUAUCACCGAAUAAUCUGGUGAUUGAUAUUGACUGAGAAGAGAUUCCUCUAUAUUUCUUUCUUCCCUUUCCAUGACUAUCCAUCUUUUCUUUUGCUCAGUGAAGCUCUAAACUAGCAAAUAAUUGAAUUUUCAAGGUUAAUUGAUACCAACCAUUAAGGAACUCACUCCGUGUGUCUUGCUUGUGGACUCUCUGUUGCUAUGUGACUUCCUGUUUGUUUUCCUCCUCAUUGAAAAGACUCACUGUGCCUCUUCCCAUACUCUCUCUCUCCGUCUCAUACACACACAAACACAAACACACCCACAUACAUAAUAUAUAUCAAUUCUUUCAGCCCAUCCCCUGCUCCUCUGCCACCCGUCCAUCGAUUUUGGAAGCAAUUGAGGCCCUGAGGUGUACACAUAGGAAAUAAACAGAAACAAUAUGCCUUCCUACACUGAUGGCAGGGGCGGACUCAAAAUCUCUUUUUCUGAUGUCUUCAAGAGCUCGAAGACGAUCCGGGAGGAGAUGGCUGCGGCAGCUUAUAAGAAAGCCGCAGUAGCAGCCAAGGCUAAGAAAGCAACAGCGGAAUUGGCUGCUCGCACCACAAAGGCUGGAGGAUACCCAGGGGGCUUCCACAACGCAUCCGCCCCGGUCAUAUCCCCCGGCUAUCCUCCGCUAGUCUACGUCUCCGUUCCGCGCAGAGAUGCCGCCCAAAUGAAUUGGAGCCAGUCCCCUACACAGUACCAUGCCAUUCCCCAAAUGUCAGCCGAUCAGGUGCAGACAAGCCAAACCAACACGGGUGCCAGUGCCAGUCCUACCCUUCAACAACAACAAGUGCAGCAGCAACAGCAACAACAGCAACAACAACAGCAGCAACAUCAGCAACCACCACAACCACCACCGCAACUACCACAACAGGAGUGGACAACGGACGAUGACGAUACACUACGGCGAUUGAAGGCGGAGGGCAUGACCUGGAAGGCAAUAUCAACCUCCAUGGACAGACCUGUACAGGCACUGAAGACUCGAUGGGGCAUAGUGCGGCCCGCGGUGGAAUAUCAGAUCCAACGACCACACACCAGCGCCCAGUGUGAGACUAGCUCAAGAUCACAACAGCAGCAGGCAGAGACGCAAAGAAGACAUGAGCGGCGAGUCUCAUUCGCCGAGCCGCUUAUCAUGAACGGGAAGGUAACUAGUAUAAAUCCCUUUCCUUAUAUCCUGCAUCGCCCCUCUUCCCCGACCACCGUCUCCACUCCAACCACACAUCCAAAUAUCCCGUCUAACAAUGCAACUGGAAACAAUCAAACUAUUAUUGUAGAACGACACCACCUCGAUCACCUACCCGCGCGCCCCGAAGAAGAAAAUCCUCUACGUCGACGAGAAUUUCAGCCUCGAGGAGAUCCUGCUCCUGAAUAAGCUGGCGGUGCAGUACGAGGAGGAGAAGUGGCUGCGGAUCAGUUCGCGGUUCUAUGAUAAGACGGGCAAGCGACUUACGCCACAGGAGGCGAGGGAGCAUGUGCAGAGGGGGUAGAGGUUUGGGGCAUUUGUCC